UGAAGCACGCUUUUAGUUUGCAGUACUUUUGGCGGCUGAGCAGGGUUUUGAAAUAUUUCUCCAAUUUUGGCUCCAUUCUUUCAACACUAAUACAAGACUCAUCUGGAGAUGGAGCAACAGCAGAGGAACCAAAAUGGGGAACUGGAGGAUAUUCAACAUGGCCCUUUCCCUGUUGAGCAACUUCAGGCAUCAGGGAUCGCAGCUCUAGAUGUAAAAAAACUCAAGGAUGCUGGUCUAUGCACAGUUGAAUCUGUUGUUUAUGCUCCAAGAAAGGAACUUCUGCAUAUAAAAGGAAUAAGUGAAGCUAAAGUUGACAAGAUCAUUGAGGCAGCUUCAAAAUUAGUGCCUUUGGGAUUCACUAGUGCCAGCCAACUCCAUGCACAGAGGCUUGAAAUCAUACAGAUAACUUCUGGAUCAAAAGAACUUGACAAGAUAUUAGAAGGAGGAAUCGAAACUGGAUCCAUUACUGAAAUUUACGGAGAGUUCCGAUGUGGAAAGACUCAGCUGUGUCACACACUAUGUGUCACUUGUCAACUUCCAUUAGAUCAAGGAGGUGGUGAAGGGAAAGCAAUGUACAUUGAUGCAGAAGGUACUUUCAGGCCACAAAGACUUUUACAAAUUGCAGACAGGUUUGGAUUGAAUGGUCCUGAUGUUUUGGAGAAUGUAGCCUACGCUCGAGCUUAUAAUACUGAUCAUCAAUCAAGGCUUUUGCUGGAAGCAGCUUCAAUGAUGGUGGAGACCAGGUUUGCUCUUAUGAUUGUGGACAGUGCUACUGCCCUUUAUAGGACUGACUUCUCCGGGAGAGGAGAGUUGUCUGCCAGGCAGAUGCAUCUUGCAAAGUUUCUGAGAAGCCUUCAGAAGUUAGCAGAUGAGUUUGGUGUUGCUGUUGUUAUUACUAACCAAGUCGUUGCUCAAGUGGAUGGUUCUGCUGUAUUUGCUGGGCCUCAAAUAAAACCCAUUGGUGGAAACAUCAUGGCCCAUGCUUCUACUACAAGACUAGCUCUGAGGAAAGGUAGAGCGGAGGAGCGGAUUUGUAAAGUAGUCAGUUCACCAUGCUUAGCUGAAGCUGAAGCAAGAUUUCAAAUUUCUGCUGAAGGGGUCACUGAUGUAAAGGACUAACUGUGACAGCAAAUUGUCUACUAGUAUUAUUUUUUGUUUUCUACUGUGGAGUACAUUUUGUCAUCAUUUUAAAGGGGUCAAUAAAAGAAAAUAUGUUGUAUGAAUUCACUACACAUUUUGUAGAACAAUAUUCCUUCUACUAGUAAUUGCGGUUUUCUUUAUUCA